GAUGAGAAAUGCCAGAGGGCUCACGCGCGCGCGCCCUUUCGCGUGUCAUAAGGGGCGACCCACACGCCGUCUGCACUUUCCACCCAGCUACUCUCGUCUGGAAGUUUCAAAUUUUCAAAAUUUCAAACGCUAAAAAAGAGAAAGCAGACAUCACCCGAAGCCAAAACUGACCAAUCGUAGGACAUUCUGGACCCCUCGGCGCAUGUUAUCUCCGCCGCCUGUACACUCCUCCGAAAGAGGCGUUCUCCAUAGAAUAGAACCUUCCAAGCUCCAAACCCAAAUACGGUACCCCCAGGCUAGCUCUUGAGGCUGUUCUUGCGUCCAUUUCAAGUCGACACCCAGCUUCUCUCUCUCUCUCUCUCUCUCUCUCUCUCCGUGUUUGGAACAACCUCGGGAUUUCUAGGUUUUUGUAGAAGCAGUUAAGGGCAGGGCGGGCUUCGGAUAGGUGGGAAAGGGUAGGGAAGAUGACGACCAUGGAGAGCUUGAUUGGACUGGUGAAUCGGAUUCAGAGGGCUUGUACUGCACUCGGUGACUAUGGUGGUGGCGAAAACGCUUUUUCGUCUCUCUGGGAGGCUCUACCUUCUGUUGCUGUUGUUGGUGGACAGAGUUCGGGAAAGUCUUCAGUUUUGGAGAGCAUUGUGGGGCGAGAUUUUCUUCCAAGAGGAUCCGGGAUUGUGACAAGGCGGCCUUUGGUGUUGCAGCUGCACAGGACAGAAGAUGGACAGCAGGAGUAUGGCGAAUUCCUUCACCUCCCAAGAAGGAGAUUCACUGAUUUUUCCAUGGUUCGUAAAGAAAUUCAAGAUGAGACUGAUAGAAUGACAGGGAGGACAAAACAGAUUUCUCCUGUUCCCAUCCAUCUGAGCAUCUAUUCUCCAAAUGUUGUCAACCUGACCCUAAUUGAUUUACCUGGUUUGACAAAGGUUGCUGUUGAGGGACAGCCUGAAGGUAUUGUUGAAGAUAUAGAAAACAUGGUGCGAUCUUAUAUUGAGAAGCCCAACUGCGUUAUCUUAGCAAUAUCUCCUGCCAAUCAAGAUAUAGCCACAUCAGACGCUAUGAAACUUUCCAGGGAAGUUGAUCCCACAGGUGAACGGACAUUUGGAGUGUUAACAAAGCUUGAUUUAAUGGAUAAAGGAACUAAUGCAUUGGAUGUUCUUGAAGGAAGAUCUUAUCGGCUACAACAGCCUUGGGUUGGAAUUGUGAACCGUUCUCAAGCUGAUAUCAAUAAAAAUGUAGAUAUGAUUGUUGCUAGGCGCAAAGAGCGUGAGUACUUUGAAUCUAGUCCUGAUUAUGGGCACUUGGCUGGUAAAAUGGGUUCAGAACAUCUCGCUAAACUUCUCUCAAAGCACUUGGAAUCUGUGAUCAGAGCUCGAAUCCCAAAUAUCACAUCCUUAAUAAAUAAAAGCAUUGAUGAACUUGAAUCAGAGAUGGACCACCUUGGUAGACCCAUUGCUGUUGAUGCAGGAGCUCAAUUAUACACCAUCUUGGAACUUUGCCGUGCGUUUGACAGGAUAUUCAAGGAGCAUCUAGAUGGAGGGCGACCUGGGGGUGAUCGGAUCUAUGGGGUUUUUGACAACCAGCUUCCUGCUGCUUUGAGGAAGCUUCCAUUUGAUCGACAUCUAUCCCUGCAGAAUGUAAAGAAAGUUGUGUCAGAAGCAGAUGGAUACCAGCCACAUCUGAUUGCCCCUGAGCAAGGUUAUCGGCGGCUUAUUGAGGGGGCUCUGAAUUAUUUCAGGGGUCCAUCUGAAGCUUCAGUGGAUGCUGUUCAUUUUGUCUUGAAGGAACUUGUGAGAAAGUCAAUUGGAGAAACUCGGGAAUUGAGACGUUUUCCAACUCUACAAGCUGAACUAGCUGCUGCUUCCAGUGAAGCCUUGGAAAGGUUCCGCGAGGAGAGCAAGAAGACUGUUGUUCGAUUGGUGGACAUGGAAUCUUCAUACCUGACUGUGGAGUUCUUCCGGAAACUUCCCCAGGAAGUGGAGAAAGGGGGAAAUACAGCUGCCUCAACUGUGGACCGCUACACGGAGGGUCAUUUUAGGAGGAUAGCGUCCAAUGUAUCAUCAUAUGUGAAUAUGGUGUCUGAUACCCUCAAGAACACAAUUCCCAAGGCAGUUGUUUAUUGUCAAGUUAGGGAGGCCAAACAGUCUUUACUCAACCACUUCUACACACAAGUGGGAAGAAAGGAGGGUAAGCAACUAGCUCAAUUGUUGGAUGAAGACCCAGCCCUGAUGGAGAGGAGACAAGAAUGUGCAAAAAGGCUUGAAUUAUACAAGUCAGCCAGAGAUGAGAUUGAUUCUGUAUCUUGGUCUAGAUGAAAGUAAUGUAUUUUUCACAUUUCCUUGUAUAUUGGUGAUUCAUUCCAGGCCUUUGUCAAUGACCCUCGCAUUUUUUCCACUUGCCUCGUGUGAUUCGUAUAUAUGGACAAUGUGCACAUGUAAAAUUUAUUGGUCAAUAUAUUGGAUUGUCCUAGUAUA